CGUUUUGCAGCUGUUCGUUCGAAACGCAAAAAGGUCAAUGGAGUGUUAUGAGACCAAGAUAAUGAACCCUACCACCAACUCUUCGGUAUUAGUAGGUGAAUCAAGCUCAUCAGAUACCAAAGAAUAUAGACCUCCCAUCACCGCGGCUAAAGAACAAUCUGAGCAGAUUUCUGAUACACCAUUUACACCGAGAAUGACUUUCCUGGUUUCAUGGGUAUCGUUAUUGGCAUGGAUAUUUCCACUACUCAUUUUGGGAGUCAUGAUUGCACCUGCGACUGCAUCAACCCAGUUCCUUGCUACAAACUCGACCCAAACUCUUAACCUGAUCGAAGGUACCAAUGCAACAAUCAACUUCGACCACCUCAAGUGUCCUCCACCAGCUGUUCCAUAUUACACGUUCAGGUAUCUAACCGAGGAGCAGCCAUUCUGUUGUAAGUCCCAAGUUUCCCAUUCCUUAAUGAGUGGAGGUCUCAAGGAACAAGAUCAAGAAGCCAGGUUUUCUGUAGAAGGUUUUCACCUGGAUGAUACUUUCUCUGCUAUCCUGAACAUACGUAAUGUUUCUGUCCAAGAUGGGGGAUGGAUUGAAUUGGUUUACUUUUUACUGAACCACAAUGACCAUGUCUUCUUAAGAAGAACAGCAGAAAUCAAUGUGCUUAGUCAACCUAAAAAAGUAAAAUGCCAUUUUCUCAGGGAAGAGGCGAGCAAGCACCAUGUUGUGCGAUGUCAUGCUCCUGCUGAAAAUGGCAAGGUGACAAUCAGUUGUUACCAAAAUUUUUCAAGGACUCCACCGAUAGUUGUCUACACGGACAGUGACGAUUUGAUUAGGGCAACAUUUUUGCCUCCACUUGCCGACCAAGUUCAUUGUUGUUCCCAUCUUACCACAAAAAAUGUAACACAGGAGACAUGCGACCAUUCAAUCUUUCGCUAUCCUGAACAAAUCCUCUCACCUAUCUCUAGCACUGUUCUUCCCCCAGUGAUCGAUGAUUCAUUGAACAUUGAUCAUGAUCUGUCAACUGAAGGUUUUAUGCCUUCUAGCUCAGCAGAUCAAGCUAAAUUGUCAGGUCUGACGACACUGUGUCUACAAAUAUUGAUUGCAGUGUGCAGCAGCCUUUUCUUGACAUAGAUUUUAACAUUCGAAUAGGUGAUAGAUAGAAACGAGGAUCAGAAUAAUCAUUGAUAGCAGUGUAACGUAUGUUCUUCUGCAAGACUAAAACAAAUACAUUAGUGAUUAUUAGUGUCUUCAACUUAAUUUGAGUGCUGAGUUAACAUAAAAAACGUUACGAUAAAUAAUACGAUCAGGGCUAGCAACGCAACACAUUGACCUGCCUUUUUGCGCCGUUUUGCUUUAAUCCCCACCAAAUGAAUCAUUAUCUACGUAAAUUGUAUAUUAUCAAUAACCGAGGAUUAAUGGUUAAAUCAUGCCUCUUGUCAGCUGAUGAGCCUACAUAAUUCUAAUGACAUUUGUAAAGGAAAAUUAUGUAAUCUCGAAUAUUCACAAAAAAGAAAUAACACUAAUACUGUUUUCGUUCCUUUCUCAAAAGUAGAUAGUGUCCACCAAUGGUAGGAGUGGUGAACUAAAAUCCAGAACACGUGUGUAUUAGAAAUGAAAUUGAAGGGAUCACUUUUUGGACGAUUGCUUUUUAAUGAAAAUUUCCAUAUGCACGUCACAACUAGUUCUGCACAAGAUCUUUCUUUCGGAUGUUGUUAUUAUUCAGAUUCUAUGAAUUUGUUCUUCUUCUUUUCUUUUGGAAAGGGGGGGGGUAUAAACAUAAAAUCAUUCAAGUGGGGAUCAUAGAUAUUACUGUCGUAUAAAGCUAUUACACUCUCUCGGUUUUCAUUAUUUCAAUGAAAAGGUCAAUUGUCAUUAUUUAGGAAUAUAGUGAUAACGUACAGAAAGCUAUAACCAAAGAAUAUUACGUCAAAAUCUAUUUUCAAAAUGUGUUUUGUAUUAAUAAAGUCACAAAUUUUCCUCGAUACGCCAAUCUGGCCUUGAAAAUCUUUGACUCAUUACGCCAGUGACAUGUACGUACUUAAUGAAAUUUUCUCUGUUUCUAACUGCAGCUACUUACUUCAUUGUGUUACCUUAUGUUUUUGCACUAGUUGGAACUUUUCUCCAUAUUUUAAUGUAACAUUACUAAAAUGGAAUAUGGUAUAUUCCAUAUCAAGAGAAGUAAAGGAGGAUCGACUAUCAGAAAUUGAUCGUAAGUAGUUUUAUUUUGAUUUUGUUUGUAAUUACAGGUUUCCUCAUAUAAAUAACUAAAUAUACGUAUAUAGGUUUCGUUUUCCUAUCAUAUUGCUCUAUAUUUUAGCGUGUAGUAGGCAAAAAUGUAUCUCAUUUUUGUGUUGCAUAUUUUAGUGUAUAUAAAAUACUUGUUUGAGGAAGUUGGAAGCGGUACGUAUGAGUUAUAUUUUACUUGUCAGCUAACUAGAUAAAGUGUAUUGUAUAGUGAUUAUU